AAGGUUGAAUUUGGGCUUCCCUCUGAUGACUGAAGUCUACAUUACGAGCUCUCUUCUUCUUCUUGCUGUCUCGUUUCCCACUGGGAGCUGAAAUCUGAUCCUGGAUCUGUGUUAAUCCAUCGGUGUGCGUGACGUGCGUCACAUGCUCCCUGACGUGUGCUGUUGCUGUUCAGCGUGCUGUUCAGCGUGUCACGCAGCCGGUUGCGUUCGUGCACACGCGCGGCUUAUGCAGCGAGCGUCACGUUUCACAUACUGUCUGUGAUAUGCGAUCGCGCCAUCGUACCCUGCGGGUGUGUGCGUACGUGUCUGUGUUUGAUCUCUUGUUACACAGCAGCCGCCACGCGUGUGUUCAAUGCACACUGACAGAGACCAACAACUAAGUGAAGCAUUGACGGCUUUGACGAGAGCCAAGUUUGGAGAAGCGAAUGCACGCGGUCGCCAGUCGCCGUCCAGAGAAAAGUGACGACACAGGUCGUCCCAACGCACGCGUCGCUGAGGUCACGGCCUCAUCUUGUCGAAAAUGAAACAGGCGGCACCGAUUGCUCGGAUGGUCAGCCUUCUCGUCCAAGUGUCUCAGGGUGCCCGGGGGCGUUACGCUCGCAAACUUCUCCGUGACCUGAUGGAGGACUACUCCGAUGCUCUGAGGCCUGUCGUGGACACUGACGCUUCAGUCUGCCAAUCCAGAGGCACUGUCCCCGAUGUCCACGUGAUGUUCCAGAGCCUUUGGCAACUCUGGGCGAAUCUCAUCCACCCCCGGGACCUUGCCACCGAGGAGCUUUUUAACCACCUCGGUGACCUCAACCCCAGAGAAAGGAGAGCCUGCCUCAGAGAACCCAGACUCUGCUCCCUCAUGGGAAGGCGUGUCGGUGGAAUUGAGGAGGUCUUCGAAGUGUUCUCCCCACCGACUCACAACGUCCCGCGUCGAGGUCAGCGGCGCCCCAUCCCCACUAUACACAGUGUUGAUGGUGCACUGCUUCCCCCUCCUGAGACGCCGGAUGGUGGACCAGAAUUUCCUCAAAGCCGUCCGGAAGUCGUUCUCCACGGCCUCACCGAACUCCUCCCAUACCCGAGUUUUUGCUUCAGCGACCACCAGAGCUGCAUUCCGCUUGGCCAGCCGGUACCCAUCAGCUGCCUCGGGAGUCCCACAGGCAAAAAAAAGGCCCGAUAGGACUCCUUCUUCAGCUUGACGGCAUCCCUCACCGUUGGUGUCCACCAACGGGUUCGGGGAUUGCCGCCAUGACAGGCACCAACUACUUUACGGCCACAGCUACGCCUCAGCAAUGGAGGCGCGGUCCACAUGGUCCACUCAGACUCGAUGUCCCCCGCCUCCCCCAGAACGCGAGCAAAGUUCUGUUGGAGGUGGGAGUUGAAAAUCCUUCUGACAGGGUUAGGGAUUCUGCCAGCAGGCCCCACAAUACGUUUGGGCCUGCCACGUCGGACCGGCAUCUUCCCCCACCAUCUGAGCCAACACACCACCAGGUGGUGAUCGGUUGACGGCUCCGCCCCUCUCUUCACCCGAGUGUCCAAGACAUGCGCCCGCAAGUCCGAUGACACGACCACAAAGUCGAUCAUCGAACUGCGACCAAGGGU